AUGGAAGAUAAUGAAAGGCAAGAUUUAAAUUUAAAUGAAAUAUGGCGUGCUUGUCGCAAAAUCCAGGCAACAAUUUUCCGUUAUGGUUUCAAUAUUUGCGCCGAUUUCGUCGAACACGAUCCGAACUGUACUGGCUUAAUAUCAGACUCACUCUUCACCAGCAUAUUGGGCAAAUAUAAAAAUGUUGUAGGUCUCUCCGAUUUCGAGCUUCGAGAGGUAAUCGAUUAUUUUCGUCUGCGCGAUGGACGUGUUGCCUACAAUCAGUUUUGUAAAGUUGUUUGCCAAGAACCUACUACAUCUGUCGACAAAAAAGAUAUGGCUACUGGAUUAGAAUGGAAUGAUCCUAUGCAUAUUAAUGUCAUACCGAGACCUGAGGAUCGUCGUCGCUUGUGUUUGAUACUCAUAAAAAUUGCACAAUUUAUUAAUUUACCGUUACUUCCGUAUUUUCAAGACUAUGAAUUGGUAAGUUGAUUUAGUGGGGUUAUUUUUUUUUUUUUUUUUNCUCGAGUUCUACAUUUCAUGAAGAUUCCCAUCUCUGAUGAUGAUUUCCUACUAUUGCUUAAACGUUACCUAAAAGACUCAUAUACCGUUAACUAUGCAGCGUUCGUAAAGCAUAUACAAAAUAUAAUGGAUUAUUUGAAACAAAACAACCUAAUGGACAAUUCCUUGCAAAUCAUCAAAGAUUUCCCAGGACGUUUGGUGGAUCUUGAGCUUUCCGAGUUGCCAGCGAUCAAUGGCACUAAAAUGGCAAACAAAGUAUUUCCCGAUCUGUGCAAUCAUCCGAAGGAAAAUAAGAAUGUGUGCGAUGUUAUAUUCUGCAUACAAAAUAACAUACAUAAGCGACAAAUACGCGUUAAGGAAUUUCUGGAGUGUUUCGAUCACUUGCGCACCGGCACAAUAACAAAACAUCAAUUCGAACGAGCACUCGACAAUAUGGGCGUGCGCAAGUAUCUCUCGCAGCGCGAUAUGAAUUUUUUGAUAGCACGCUACAUAGAUCCGGUCGAUACAAAUCGGAUUAUGUGGCGUUUGUUUGAAGAUGAAAUCGAUCGAGUUUUUACCAUCAAACACCUAGAUAAGGCACCACUCUUGGAAGUGCAGUCACCACCCGACUACAUAAAAUAUAUGCCGCGUGACGGCGCUUUAGAUUGGAACAAAGCCGAGGAGAGUAUGCGCAAUUACUGCGAGGAAGCUCUGCAGCGUAUACAGAUGCGAAUAAGAAAUCGGCGUUUGCAUUUACAUCCCUUUUUCCGCUCCUAUGACAAAUUGAAUAGCGGACAUGUCAGAUGCAAUCAGGCCAAUCAAGUAUUCCUUACCAACGGCAUAUUAUUAUCCAAUAAUGAGCUAAACGCGCUACUGGCACGCUAUGGUAAUGAGCUUGGCUUUAAUUACACAAAAUUCCUUGAGCAUUCCGAUCCCGCUGAGUACGCUGUGCCAAAGCUGAAACCCCACCUGGAAGCGAUCAAGGCAGACUGUCCGGCAAUCAGCAAGGAUGUUGGCAACAACUACAGCGAGGAAUACAUUAUCAAAUUAUUAUCGAAUAUUAAACGACAAGCAAUCACGCGUAGCAUCAGCAUCAUUGACUUCUUGCAAGAUUACGAUCGUCAUCGUGAGGGUGACAUAUUAGAGAUUGACUUCAAGCGCGGCCUGGACAAUGCACUUAUAUCUCUCACACCAGACGAAUCGAAUGCGAUCAGCAACAUGUAUAUNUCUCCUAAACGCGCCUGUUGUGUGCUCUAUCGCGACUUUUGUCGUGCACUAGACGAAAUAUUCAUUGAAAUCGAAACAUCGAUGGCUGAUAAAGAGAUCUCAGCUGUGCCACUUAUUCAUUUGGCUAAUUUGGAUUGUUUCGAUUGCUUUCUAAAUUUCGAAGAGCGUACACUAUGCUCGCAAGCGCUUAUGAAAUUGGCGCGCCAGCCGGACGAGAUCUCUAAUUUGAAACAAGUCUUCCAGGACUUUGAUCGCGAGAAAUGCGGUACAAUAAGGCGAAAUCAGCUACUUCGUGCGCUAACUGUUCGUGAAAUGCACAACAUGGUGAGCAGUCGUGAGUUGGAUGCCGUCUGCAAGUGUUUCGGUGUACAAAGAGGUCUUCACUUGGAAUUUAACUACCGCGAUUUUCUAAAUACGCUAGAUAUUCUAUUCCGUACGGGACAAGUGAAACGCAAUUAUUAG